AUGUCAACACCGAGAAGGUCAGAAAGGUUACGUGAAAUCAAAAAAGAGGAGUCUCCCGUAUCAACAAAAGAAAAACCUAAGCCUAAACGCAAAACCAAACAAAAAAUACCUCUUGACAUGUACGCUACACGGUUUAGUAACGUUACAAAAUACGUUGGCGCACACGUUAGUAUUUCAGGUGGCGUGCAAAAUUCUAUUACCAAUAGUCUUGUUAUCAGGGCUAAUGCCUUUGCAAUUUUCUUGAGAAAUCAAAGAAGAUGGACGGCGCCAAAAUUAGAUCCAGAGAACAUUAAAGCGUUUCGAGAAAAUUGUAAACAACAUAAUUACGCUUCAAAAUUUAUUUUGCCUCAUGGGAGUUAUCUAAUCAAUUUAGGUAAUCCCGAUCAAGAAAAACGCGAGAAAAGUUAUCAGGCUUUUCUGGAGGAUUUAAAUCGUUGUGAACUACUAGGAUUAACUUUAUAUAAUUUUCAUCCUGGCUCAACAGUUGGUCAGUGCACAAAAGAACAAUCUAUACAACAUAUUGCAGAUUGUAUCAAUAAAGCACAUGAAGAAACUUCAAGCGUAACGUGUGUUAUCGAAAACAUGGCGGGCGCGGGUAAUAUUAUUGGAUCGAGGUUUGAGGAAAUUGCAGACAUCAUUUCACGGGUUAAGGAUAAGAGUCGAGUUGGAGUCUGCAUUGACACAUGUCAUGCCUUUGCUGCGGGAUAUGACUUACGUACUCGCGAAGCGUAUGAAAAAACCAUGUCAGAGUUCUCUCGACAUAUUGGUUUUCAGUAUUUACGAGGGAUGCAUUUAAACGAUUCAAAAACCAAUUUGAAAUCCUUUCGAGAUCGUCAUGCUAAUAUAGGAAAAGGAUAUUUGGGGUUAGAGGCAUUUCGUUUGAUAAUGAAUGAUGAUCGAUUAAAUGAAAUUCCAUUAAUUCUAGAAACUCCCGUUGGACCCGAUGAUGAACUCUCAGAUUAUGAUAAAGAAAUUGAAUUACUUUAUGGACUUGUAGGAAUCGAUCAUGAAACCAUUAUAAGACUUUUAUAUAAUAUAGGCUCAAGAAAAGAAGUUGAGCAAUACCUUCGACACUUUUCUUCAGUAGAAUCACAGAAAUUCGCGGUAAUAAAAGUUGGAGGAGCGGUUUUAUCAGAUGAAUUAGAUACACUUGCAUCAUCUAUAACAUUUUUAAAUCGAGUAGGGUUAUAUCCAAUUGUAUUACAUGGAGCCGGACCACAAAUGAAUAAAUUAUUGGAAGAGGCGGGUGUUGAACCGAAUUAUAUCGAUGGUAUUCGUGUAACGGAUGCCAAAACUUUAGAGAUAGCAAGAGGUGUGUUCUUGCAAGAAAAUCUCAAGUUGGUUGAGGCAUUAGAACGUUUAGGUACUCCAGCUAGACCAAUUCCUAGUGGUGUGUUCAUCGCGGACUAUUUAGAUAGGGAAAAAUACGGUUACGUCGGAAAAAUCACCGGUGUGCACAAGAGGGUCGUCGAAGCCAGUGUAAAUUCCGGUGCGUUGCCAAUUUUGACUAGCUUGGCCGAGACUCCUUCCGGUCAGAUUUUAAAUGUUAACGCUGACGUGGCUGCUGGAGAAUUGGCCAGAGUUUUAGAACCAUUAAAGAUCAUCUACCUUAGUGAAAAGGGUGGUCUUUUACAUGGUGAAACCAAUAAAAAGAUUGACGUGAUAAAUCUUGAUGAGGAAUAUGAAAAUUACAUGGCACAACCAUGGGUGAAAUAUGGUACGAGGUUGAAGAUUAGAGAGAUCAAGGAACUUUUGGAUCAUUUGCCUCGUUCUUCAUCGGUUGCAAUCACCUCUGCCGGUCAACUCCAUAAAGAAUUAUUCACAGAUUAUGGAGCCGGAACGUUGAUUCGUCGAGGAUAUCGACUCUUUAAAUAUAAUUCCGUUAAUGAAGCCGAUAAUGCAAAGUUACAACAAAUCUUACAACAAUCUAUUUCCGAUUCAUCUUCAUACAUUCAACAACUUGGAAAGAAAUCUCACGCGAUCUAUAGUGAUGAACCUUAUGAAGUGUUGGCGAUCGUGUCACAAGGAAAUAACUCCAUCCCAAUCCUUGAUAAAUUUAUCGCAUCCAAAAAUGGGGUCUUGAAUAAUGUAACGGAUAAUAUUUGGGCCAUGAUACAAAAGGAUUACCCUCGAUUAACUUGGGUUGCAGAUGAAAAUGACGAAAACAAAUCUUGGUUUUUUGACAGAUCUGACGGUAGCUACACCAGCAAUGGAAAGAUUUUGUUCUGGUAUGGCAUCGAGAACAUCGAUGAUGUUACCAACAUCAUUAAAGAUUUCGCAUCUAACCAAGUCGUCACUUCUUCAACAAAAUCCGGAAACGCGUUCACGAAAAAUUCCCGAUUAUAUUCAACCUUUACUAGCAAGAAUAAUGCAUUUUCAUCAUCCAAUUUAUUGCGCCGUCAAUAUUCUACAUCUACAAGCCCAGCAAGGGUCGCAUUAAUUGGGGCUCGUGGAUAUACCGGAAGGAACCUCAUUUCACUUUUAAAUACUCAUCCUCACCUCUCUUUAUCUCAUGUAUCUUCCCGAGAGCUUGAAGGUCAAAAAUUGGACGGGUAUACAAAAGAUGACAUUACGUAUGUCAAUUUGAAAGCCGAACAAGUUAAGCAAAUGCAAAAGAAUGGUGAGGUCGAUUGUUGGGUUAUGGCUUUACCCAAUGGCGUUUGUGCACCGUUUGUCCAAGCUGUUAAUGAAGGUCAAGCUGGCAAAAGUUUGAUUGUCGAUUUGAGCGCAGAUUAUCGUUUUACUGAUGAAUGGACUUAUGGUUUACCUGAACUCGGAUAUCGCAAUGCCAUAACCAAAGCCACCAGAAUCUCAAAUCCUGGUUGUUAUGCAACGGGUUCACAACUUGCUAUUGCUCCAUUAGUCCCAUUUAUAUCAGAAUCUCCGACAGUAUUUGGAGUUUCGGGUUAUUCGGGUGCUGGUACAAAACCAUCACCAAAAAAUGAUCCAGAAUUCCUCAAGGACAAUCUAAUACCAUACGCUUUAACAGAUCAUAUUCAUGAACGUGAGGUUUCUCAUCGAUUAGGAACGACAGUUAAUUUCAUCCCACACGUUGCUCCAUAUUUUCAAGGGAUCAAUAUAACUGCCAAUAUUCCUUUGAACAAAACUUUUAAAUCCUCGGAAAUUAAAGAAUUAUUCGAACAAAAAUAUGCGGGAGAAAAGCUCAUCAAGGUUGUAGAAGAUAUUCCACUUGUAAAAGAUAAUUCCGAAAAACAUUUUGUUAAGAUUGGAGGAUUUGGUGUACAUUCAUCUGGUAAAAGAGUAGUGGUCGUCGCUACCAUUGAUAAUUUGUUGAAAGGUGCCGCCACCCAAGCUUUGCAGAAUAUGAAUCUUGCCUUGGGUUAUGAUGAAUACGCGGGUAUUCCACUUGAAUAA